AAGAAUGGAGUUUUGAACAUGUAAGCUGUCCAAAUUUCAGGCUUCAAAUGAAAAAUGUAUUUUUGCUUGAUUUUUUUAGUGCCAGUUGGAGUUAUUCUUGUUUCUUCCUUCUGUUUUGAAGACCUUCUGGUGGAUACGGAAUGGAGAUAUUCCCUUGUUGGUUUUAUUAACUAACAUGGUACACAUGCAAAUGAAGAACUUUAGAUGGGUUCUAUUGCUAAAAGACUUGUUUGCUUGUUUGUUUCCGUACUUGCCUUGGAUUUUCUUUGUUAUGUAUGGAUCUCCUGUUCUUCAUGUUGCCUGUUAUUGAAGAUAAAUCAGCCUCAACCAUAGCCUUUACAUUCUGAAUCAGCCACGAUCUGCUACAGUCGUGAGCUCUUUAAGCACAAAGGAUACAGCUGAUUGAAGAGAUGUCAAACAACGACGAUGCAGUUGGAGUUCUAAGAACAUUAAGAGAUGCCCGACCAGCUCACUUCCUUUUGAAAAUAGAGACUUUCUCGAUACUCAACGAGGAGAAGAUUGAAAAAUAUGAAUCAGAUGAUUUUGAAGUCGGUGGCUAUAAGUGGGGAUUGUGCUUCUAUCCAAAUGGAAAUAAGAAAAGAAACGGUGAUGGUCACAUCUCGCUCUACCUAGUAAUAAGGGAUACAGACAAACUUCCCAUACCCAUACCCAUACCCAUAUACCCAUAUACCCUAGUCAUUAUGAUGUUAGCAACUGGUUUUGUGCCUCGGCUGAGGACUGGGGUGAUUCAAGCUUUAUGGUGCUGA